AGUAGGGGAAGGGGUGAGCGGGUGCCUGCAUUGUUUUGGCUCCUUCUUACCCCCUCGUCUCCAUCAGUGGAAGCGAAGGAUAAACUCUGGGCCAUGAAGCUGUCCCUACUCCUGGUUUUCCUCUCUCUUAUUCCGGUUGCUGUACAGCUGUUGGAACCCAGCGCACUCCACGUCAUCAGCACUGUGAGCAUCCAUGUCCUACCUUGAGGUCCUAGGAGGCCAGAUGAGGAAAUCGAGGCUGGAGUGAUUACUUUAACUGAGGCAAUACCACAAGCGAAUGAUGGAGUCAGAAUUUGAUCACAAGUUUGCUGACCUCAAAGAAUAUACCCUUCUCCACCACAUCAUCUGUCUCUUGAGUUUGGAAACUGGAGUCUCCAUCAUCUCUGUUCCUUUCUCUGACACUAGGCAAUUUUUAAUAUACAAUGAAGAUCACAAGCGCUGUGUGGAAGCAGUAAGUCCCAGUGCAGUCCAAACAGCUACUUGCAACCAGGACAAUGAAGCACAGAAAUUUCGAUGGGUGUCUGAAUCCCGGAUUAUGAGUAUUGCUUUUAAAUUAUGUUUGGGGGUGCCAUCAAAAACUGAUUGGGUUGCUGUCACUCUGUAUGCCUGUGACCCGAAGAGCGAAUUUCAGAAAUGGGAGUGCAAAAAUGACACACUUUUGGGCAUCAAGGGAGAAGAUUUAUUUUUUAAUUAUGGCAAUAAACAAGAAAAGAAUAUUAUGCUUUACAAGGGUUCUGGUUUAUGGAGCAGAUGGAAAGUCUAUGGAACUACAGAUGACUUAUGCUCCAGAGGUUAUGAAGACAUGUACACACUGCUGGGCAAUGCCAAUGGGGCAGCAUGUGCAUUUCCAUUCAAGUUUGAGAACAAGUGGUAUGCAGAUUGCACAAGUGCUGGGCGAUCAGAUGGAUGGCUCUGGUGUGGAACCACCGCAGAUUAUGACGCAGACAAGCUAUUUGGAUAUUGUCCAUUGAAAUUUGAGGGCAGUGAAAGCUUAUGGAAUAAAGACCCGCUGACUGGCAUUUCUUACCAGAUAAACUCCAAAUCUGCUUUAACUUGGCAUCAGGCGAGGAGGAGCUGCCAACAACAGAGUGCUGAACUCUUGAGUAUCACGGAGAUACAUGAGCAAACAUACCUGACAGGAUUAACUACUUCCUUGACCUCAGGACUCUGGAUUGGACUUAACAGCCUGAGUUUCAACAGUGGGUGGCAGUGGAGUGGUGGCAGUCCAUUCCGAUAUUUGAACUGGCUACCAGGAAGUCCAUCAGCAGAACCUGGAAAAAGCUGUGUGUCCCUAAAUCCUGGGAAAAAUGCUAAAUGGGAAAAUCUGGAAUGUGUUCAGAGACUAGGCUAUAUUUGUAAAAAGGGCAACACAACUUUGAAUUCUUUUGUGAUUCCCUCAGAAAGUGAUGUGCCUACUAACUGUCCAAGUCAGUGGUGGCCAUACGCAGGUCACUGCUAUAAGAUUGAUAGAAAAGAGAAGAAAAUUCAAAGAGAUGCCUUAACUGCAUGUCGGAAGGAAGGUGGUGAUCUAGCCAGUGUCCACAGCAUCGAGGAAUUUGACUUUAUCAUUUCCCAGCUCGGAUAUGAGGCAAAUGAUGAGUUAUGGAUUGGCUUAAAUGACAUCAAGAUUCAAAUGUAUUUUGAGUGGAGUGAUGGGACCCCUGUAACAUUUACUAAAUGGCUUCGUGGGGAACCAAGCCAUGAAAACAACAGGCAGGAAGAUUGUGUCGUCAUGAAAGGCAAGGAUGGGUACUGGGCAGAUCGAGCCUGCGAGAGACCUCUUGACUACAUCUGUAAGAUGAAAUCUCAAACCCAGCCCACAGGAACAGUGAAAGCAGAAACAGGCUGCCAGAAAGGCUGGAAAAGACAUGGCUUUUACUGCUAUUUGAUUGGACACACACUUUCAACAUUUACAGAAGCUAACCAAACCUGUAUAAAUGAGAAGGCUUACUUAACAACUAUUGAAGACAGAUAUGAACAAGCUUUUCUGACUAGUCUGGUUGGAUUGAGGCCUGAAAGAUAUUUUUGGACAGGACUUUCAGAUGUGCAAAACAAAGGGACCUUUCAGUGGACCAUUGAGGAAAAGGUUCUGUUCACCCACUGGAAUUCAGAUAUGCCAGGCCGAAAAACAGGAUGCGUUGCCAUGAGAACGGGACUUGCAGGGGGCUUGUGGGAUGUUUUGAGAUGUGAAGAAAAGGCUAAAUUUGUGUGCAAACACUGGGCAGAAGGAGUAACUCGCCCGCCGGAGCCCACAACAACCCCUGAACCCAAAUGUCCAGAGGAUUGGGGCACCAACAGUAAAACAAGCUUGUGUUUCAAGCUAUUUGCAAAAGGAAAACAUGAGAAGAAAACAUGGUUUGAAUCUCGAGAUUUUUGUAGAGCUCUGGGUGGUGAUCUAGCUAGUAUCAAUAAUAAAGAAGAACAGCAAGCAAUAUGGCGAUUAAUAACGGCUAGUGGAAGCUACCAUGAACUGUUUUGGUUGGGAUUGACAUAUGGCAGUCCUUCAGAGGGCUUUACUUGGAGUGAUGGUUCUCCUGUUUCAUAUGAAAAUUGGGCUUAUGGAGAACCUAACAAUUAUCAAAAUGUUGAAUACUGUGGUGAGUUGAAAGGUGACUCUGGUAUGUCCUGGAAUGAUAUUAACUGUGAACAUCUUAACAACUGGAUAUGCCAGAUACAAAAAGGAAAAACACCAAAACCUGAGCCAACGCCAGCUCCUCAAGACAAUCCGCCAGUCACUGAAGAUGGGUGGGUUAUUUACAAAGACUACCAGUAUUAUUUUAGCAAAGAGAAGGAAACCAUGGACAAAGCCAGAGAAUUUUGCAAGAAGAACUUUGGCGAUCUUGUUUCUAUUCAAAGUGAAAGUAAAAAGAAGUUUCUAUGGAAAUAUGUAAACAGGAAUGAUGCACAGCCAGCAUAUUUUAUUGGCUUAAUGAUCAGCUUGGAUAAAAAGUUUAUUUGGAUGGAUGGAAGCAAAGUAGAUUACGUGGCUUGGGCCACAGGUGAACCUAAUUUUGCAAAUGACGAUGAAAACUGCGUGACCAUGUAUUCAAAUUCAGGGUUUUGGAAUGACAUUAAUUGUGGUUAUCCAAAUGCCUUCAUUUGCCAGAGACACAACAGCAGCAUCAAUGCCACAGUUGUUCCUACAGUGCCUUCUGUCCCAGGAGGUUGUAAGGAGGGCUGGCAUUUUUACAAUAACAAGUGUUUCAAAAUCUUUGGAUUUGUUGAAGAAGAAAGAAAAAAUUGGCAAGAGGCGCGAAAAGCUUGCAUAGGAUUUGGGGGAAAUCUGGUAUCAAUCCACAAUGAGAAAGAACAAGCAUUUCUUACCUAUCAUAUGAAGGACUCCACUUUUAAUGCCUGGAUUGGGCUGAAUGAUGUGAAUUCAGAGCACACAUUCCUUUGGACGGAUGGGCGAGGAGUUCAUUUUACAAACUGGGGGAAAGGUUACCCUGGUGGAAGAAGGAGCAGUCUUUCCUAUGAAGAUGCUGACUGUGUUGUUAUUAUUGGAGGGAAGUCAAGAGAUGCAGGAAAAUGGAUGGAUGACACGUGUGACAGCAAGCGGGGCUACAUUUGCCAGACACUUCCUGACUCUUCCUUGCCUAAUUCUCCAACAACAAUUCCAACAGAUGGCUUUAUUAAAUAUGGGGAAAGUAAUUAUUCACUCGUGAGAUUAAAGUUAGAGUGGCAUGAAGCAGAGAAGUAUUGCAAGCUUCACACUUCCCUUAUUGCUAGCAUUCUAGAUCCCUAUAGCAAUGCAUUUGUAUGGAUGCAAAUGCAAAGAUUUAAUGAACCUGUGUGGAUCGCCCUGAACAGUAACUUGACCAAUAAUGAGUAUGCUUGGACAGAUAAAUGGAGGAUGAGAUACACCAAUUGGGCUGCUGAUGAGCCCAAAUUGAAAUCAGCAUGUGUUUAUCUGGAUAUUGAUGGUCACUGGAAGACAGCGUAUUGCAAUGAAAGUUUUUAUUUUCUCUGCAAAAGAUCAGAUGAAAUCCCUGCCACUGAACCCCCACAACUGCCUGGCAGAUGCCCAGAGUCCGAGCACACAGCAUGGAUUCCUUUCCACGGUCACUGCUACUAUAUUGAAUCUUCAUUUACAAGAAACUGGGGUCAAGCGUCUCUGGAAUGCCUCCGAAUGGGUUCCUCUUUGGUUUCCAUUGAAAGUGCUGCUGAAUCAAGUUUUCUGUCCUAUCGAGUAGAGCCACUUCAAAGCAAAACCAACUUUUGGAUAGGAUUGUUCAGAAAUGUUGAAGGAAUGUGGCUUUGGAUAAACAACAAUCCAGUCUCCUUUGUCAACUGGAACACAGGAGAUCCCUCUGGUGAACGAAAUGAUUGUGUGGCUUUGUCUGCAUCUUCUGGAUUUUGGAAUAACAUUCACUGUUCUUCCUACAAAGGAUAUAUUUGUAAAAGACCAAAAAUUAUUGAUGCUGAGCCUACUCACACAUUAAUUGCAACAAAAGCUGACCCAAGGAAGAUGGACCCUUUCAAGCCGUCUUCCAGCGUGGCAGGAGUCGUGGUGAUGGUGGUCCUCCUAAUCAUAACGGGUGCUGGCCUCGCUGCAUAUUUCUUUCAUAAGAAAAGACAUGUGCACUUACCUCAAGAAAACACUUUUGAAAACACUCUCUAUUUUAACAGCAGAUCGAGUCCAGGAACUAGUGACACAAAAGAUCUCGUGGGCAACAUUGAACAGAAUGAACAUGCAGGCAUCUAGUAUCAUAAUGUGAUUUAGGUAUUUUUGAAUUUUAUAACAUGAUAACUAAAAUGUUAAGGUCUUUAAUUCAAUGUGAUUGUUUCCUUUAAAAUUAGUACUGUAUUGAACUGACCUGUCCUUUUUCUUUGCCUAAUUGAAGAAAUAAUUGCUCAUUUUCUAGCCUGGCAAGGUAUAUUCACAAAAGAAGAAUAAGGAUAUUGACUACCACUUUAAAAAAUAUCUUAGGUGAAUACACAGCACAAGAAUGCCAACAUUUAAGCAUCACUGAUGUGCAGCUAGUGUCAACCGCCUGUGGAUUAGGAGAACCCCAAAUACCUAAGAUUCCUGAAAUAGUUUAAGGAGCUCCCGAAGAAAGAAAUGUUACCUAUUGACUUGUAAUUCAGUAAUUAGAAGACCAUUGAUGAAAAAAUCAAGUACAGAUAUCCUCAGGGGGCAUGAAAAUUUAGUCACUUUUUUCUCUUACCAAUUUUGAUGUUUUACUUCAGUUAUUUGGAAUUAUAUUUGUACACCUGCAGAAAGAAUGAGGCAGCUGAGAAUCUUGUUUGCCCGGAGCAGGGUUUUCCAGGCUGAAUCUUGCAAAUGUGUUCUUUGUCCUGUUAUAUGUAUGUAUAUCAGGAACGCAAAGAUGUGACAUAAAAAUGUAAAUUUGCAUAACUGAAUGUACUUAGAUAAUGUGAAAUAAACAUCAAAGACAAGGUCUAUUUUUAAUAUAUUUGUAUCUUGGUGAUCUUGGUAAAUGUAAAAUUUCUUUUAAGUGUGACUUAUUUAUCUAUUUACUUGAUACUUUACUCUGAAAAUAAACAGUAUGAUCAGCAA